AUGGCUGACAAAGGCAAAAAGGGCAAAGCGGCGGCCGCGGCGGCCCCGCCCCCCGCAGCUGCGCCCCCGCCCCCUCCGCCGUCGUCGGUCCCCAAACCCGAAGACAAGAAAGACCAGGAGCCCAAGAAAAAGGAAAAGUCAGUGCAGCCCAAGGAUGAAGUGGGCACGAGGAAGGGGUGUCGCCGCUACAAGUGGGAACUCAAGGACAGCAAUAAAGAGUUUUGGGUUAUGGGGCACGCUGAGGUCAAGAUCCUGAGCUUGGGCUGCCUAAUAGCUGCACUGGUAAUGUUCACGGGGACCACCGUGCACCCUCUCCUGACACUCAUCAUCACCAUGGAGUUGUCCGUCUUCUGCUUCUUCUUCAUUAUCUACACCUUCGCCAUCAACAGAUACAUGCCCUUCAUCCUGUGGCCUAUUUCUGUAACUCACACUUGA